AUGGUCGCCUCUGCCGCCCUACGACGGUGCAAACAUUGCGGAAAACCACAGGACGAAGUGGUCAAGAUGAUGCGCUGUUCAAGAUGCGCAUCAGCCGUCUAUUGCAGCAAAGAGUGCCAAACCGGAGCCUGGCCAAAACAUCCCUUGACAGCCAAGCUUCCCACACUAGCUAUUAUGUACGGUUUCCGAACCGCGGACGAGUUCCGGCAAGCACUCCGUGACUUCAUCGAGGCGCAUACCUGGGCCUUCCAGUCCUACGCGAGGGCACACAUCCUCUUGGAAGGCGGCACCGACUACAUCCACACGCCUCCAAAGCUCAUGGAGAUCCAGCUACGCUGUCUAUGCACACCGGGCGGUACGCGGAACCCCGCGCGGACCUUCAGCUUCGUUGGGCACCGCUGGUGCACGGUCGCGGAGUACACGAGCAAACCCAUUGGCGCGCGCAACUGGGCGCGUCUUGCGUCGAUGCGGGAGGCGGCGCACCGGUACUAUGUCGACGACCCGCGCUUCGUGGGCAUGCUCCCCAUGCAUUUUACGGUCGGGGACAUCAGCUCUGCGAAGAUGAACCUCUACCCUCAGUACCGCCCGUACGCCGCGUCUUGGAGGAGCCCUAGCGAGGCGGCGUUCAAGGGCCUGAUGGAGGACGUGCUGGUACUGUGUACGAGCAGCAUCUCGCUCGGACUCGCGCUGCGCUGCGCGGACGGGCAGGAGUCAAUCGCUGCGCUGCCGGGACGAUUCGUGCGCUCGAACAAGCUGUGGACUUGGAAGCCUCUCUUUACCGACUGGGAGCAAUAUCUCGCGGGACCCCGAGGGAUCCCAGGUCCGCACCCGGAGAUGUUACCAUAUCCACCCCGGUGA